GAUCAUCUUAUAUCCUCUCCUGUUAUUUCACAAACUGGGCACAAUACCGUCCCGGACAAGGCAAGUUUCUUCCCACCAACAUCGACCCAUGUCUCUGUAACCACCUCAUCUAUGCCUUUGCGGGAAUGGAAAACAACAUGAUCACAACCUAUGAGUGGAAUGAUGUGCAACUCUACGCACAGUUCCAGGCUUUAAAAAGCAAGAACAGAAACCUGAAAACUUUGCUGGCUAUUGGAGGAUGGAACUUUGGCACUCAGAAGUUUACAACCAUGGUGUCCACUCCUGCUAACCGCAACACCUUCAUCAAAAGUAUGAUCAGCUUUCUGCGUAAGUACCAGUUUGAUGGACUGGAUAUGGACUGGGAGUACCCCGGCUCUCGUGGAUCCCCACCUGAGGAUAAACAGCGCUUUACCAUCCUGCUUCAGGAGAUGAUGAAUGCCUUUGAAGCAGAGGGCAAGAACACCAACCUCCCACGUCUGCUGCUGACUGCUGCUGUUGCUGCUGGGAAGGGAACCAUCGAUUCUGGAUACCAGAUUCCCCAAAUUGGAGCUGUGCUGGACUACAUCCAUGUGAUGACCUAUGAUUUCCAUGGCUCUUGGGAGCACACUGUGGGACAGAACAGCCCUCUGUACAAAGGUCCUGCUGACUAUGGAGACAUGGUCUACUUCAAUGUGGACUAUGCUAUGAAGUACUGGAAGAAUAACGGUGCCCCAUCUAAGAAGCUCCUGGUUGGUUUCGCAACCUAUGGCCACAGCUUCAUCCUUUCUUCCCCAUCCAACACUGCUGUUGGAGCACCGGCCAGUGGACCUGGACCUGCUGGACUUUACACCAGGCAGGCUGGCUUCUUGGCCUACUAUGAGAUUUGCAUUCUUCUGAAAGAAGGAGCCACUCAGUCAUGGGAUGCAGCCCAGCAAGUGCCAUAUGCCUUCAAACAAAACAUUUGGGUGGGCUAUGACGAUAUCAAGAGCUAUCAGAUCAAGGUUCAGUGGUUGAAGCAGAAUGGUUUUGGAGGAGGCAUGGUGUGGACUGUGGACCUGGAUGAUUUCAGUGGCUCUUUCUGUGGUCAGGGAAAAUACCCUCUGAUAAGCACCCUCAAGAAUGGGCUGGGAACUGGAACUGGCUGCAGCACUCGUCCAGACCCCCUGCCUCCUACUCAGAACCCUGACCCCCAGCCUGGAGGUGGUGACAGCAGUUCUGGAUCCAGCUUCUGUGCAGGCAAGGCCAAUGGACUCUACCCAGACCCAGCCAACGCCAACCUUUUCUAUGAGUGCAACCAGGGAAAAACCUAUCCCAGUAAAUGUGGUGCAGGCCUGGUAUUUGAUAACACUUGCAAGUGCUGCAACUGGCCUUAAAGAAUCCAUCAUACAGUUUAUUCUUAGUUUAGAGAUGGAAAAUAUAAUUUAUCACAAACUGAGAACCACACAAAAACAGCUCUGUGACACCUGUUGUUGUCUGAAAUAAAUAACAGCAAAGUACUUGU